GCCAGCCGCACCGAACCGGUCCUAACGGCACCCUUUGUUUCCCAGUAGCGGUCACGCGGGUCGCGGGGAGUUUGCUCUCUAUCUAUUAAAUUCUGUAGGUACGUCCUAAUAGAUACUAGGUACCUCGGUAGCUAUCUAUCUCCUGUCACUUGCCUUACAAAUCAAAGAAGAAACCCCGUUUGUCAAAAUAAAACUGCAAGCUACUUUGGGUGCCUAGCAACCCAGCUGCCUAGGUAGAUAAAUAGAGCAUUUCCCCCGUCGAUGCUAGCAGCAUCUAGGUAUAGUCAAUAUAACUCUCCACUGACUCCCAGCUUUCGCGAUAUUCAUUCGGGAGUACCCACAUAUCUAUCUACCUGCCUUUGCUAUCCCAUCUGAGUACUGUUCGCUCCAUCUAUAGUGGUAGUCUACCUCAGUUCGGAAUCAGUUUCCCGCCAUCUGGGCACAAGAAAACAAGGGAAAGCAAACCAUGUCGGCAAAUCUCGAAGCCCAAGCCGCGGCCGAGGCCACACUCCAGGGUUUUCUAUGGCGUCAACGCGAGGCACCCAAGCCCCUGCCCGCCGGCACGAGCGCCAAGGGCCAAACAUCCAUAAUAACGGGCAGCAACACCGGCCUGGGCUUGGAGGCGUCGCGUCAGCUGCUGAGGCUGGGGCUCUCGCACCUGGUCAUGGGCGUGCGGUCCAAGGAGAGGGGCGAGGCGGCGGCGGAGCAGCUGCGGGCCGAGUUCCCCGACGCAAAGAUCUCGGUCUGGAUCGUCGACAUGGCCUCGUACGACUCGAUCCGAGCGUUCGCGGCCAAGUGCGGCGCGGAGCUGGAGCGCAUCGACUCGGUCAUACUCAACGCGGCGGUGCAGACGCCGCAGUUCAGCCUGGUGGAGGCCACGGGUCACGAGCUCACCAUGCAGACCAACUACCUCUCCACGGCCUUCCUGUCACUGCUGCUGGUGCCGGUUCUCAAGGCCAAGAAGAAGGAGGGUGCGGCGCCGCCCGUGCUUAGUAUUGUCGGGUCCGACACGUCCUACAUGACGACGCUGCUGUCGAUGAAUCCGGCGCUGCCGGCGUGCGACAAGCCAGAGAACUAUUCCCAGUUCCAGGCCUAUGCGAGGGCGAAGCUGCUGCUCGUUUUCUUCGUGGCCAAGCUCGCGGAGCACGUCGACCCUGCCGACGUCAUCAUCAACUAUCCCAACCCGGGCUUGACCAAGGGCACCGAGAUUGGCAGGUCUGCCACCACUCUGAGCAAGGUCACUUUUGCAGCGAUGCAGUAUUUGCUCGCGAGGGAGCUCGACGUCGGCGCUUCCGUGUACCUCGAUGCUGUGUUCAACUAUGGUGCUAAGGGUCAUGGUAGUUUCAUCAGUGACUGGACCAUCAAACCAUAUCCCCCGGUGUGGUACACUGAAGAAGGAAAGCAGCUUCGUACUAGCCUAUGGGAAGAGACGUUAAAUGAGCUGAAGCCAGCUGGUGCACCACUGCCGUGAAGCCGAUGGGGAAACCAGCUUGGUGUUAUCGAGUUGUUUGUCAGCUUAAUACACAAAGAUCUCUUUAUGAUAAUCUUAUAAGCCCCCAUUCUUGGGCAACAUGUUUAUUUCUCUCGCGCCGACUUUCCUCGUAGUUCUGUGGGCGUUUCCCCCAGGUUGAUGGUCAAACUUCACUGCGCUUCACUGCGCUUCGCUGGUCUUCUUCUCAACUCGGCAGUGGUCAUUACCAUUCAUUUAUCAGCUGACAAGUGCACUUCGCAUAGCAGUUUUUUCUUGUUCUAUUCUUAUUGUAAAAUAGAAACCGUCUCAAGUCCGGUGCCAAGUAGUGAUGUCGAAAUUUCGUCUGGUCUGACAGAACCAUGGUGGAAAUAGAUAUAUGACCGUCGAACAUGGUUUUUAACUAGGGUCUAGUUCUGGAAGGUGGCAUAAACGGGAGUAUGGGCCAAAGGGGCAUGUUGGGCCUGGGCAUUGGUUCCGGUGGUGUCGAGAGACAAAUCAAACAAAGGC